AUGCAAUUCGCCAGACAUUUCCACUUCAUCUUCCGCGCCGCCGCCGCCGCCCGCCCACACUCCGCCUCGUCAUUUGCCCCAAUUCGCCCUUUGGCCGCGAUCCCUUCGUUUUCUCGAACCAUGGCACAAACAGCUGCUCAGAUGCGGUUCAGUGUACGUUCUUCCGCAUGCGCUUCGCCCCCCCUCUUCUCUACGAACCAACCCCCCCUCUUCUUUGGCCUUUUUUCACUGACACAACUACGCUUCUUCCCGGCGGCAAAUAGCGUCGUUACGACCGAGAAGCUCCUCGACUUUGCCGCCGCCGCGUCCGUGCCCGUGCGCGCCACGACGCAGACGACUGCCAAGCUCGGUGCGACGGUGCCCAGCGUCGCCGCGCAUCUGACGACAGCGCCCAUCGACAAGACCCGGUUCUCAAUGGUGGUGCCCGAGGUGGUGGCGGAUCUAGCGCCCGGGUCGCAGAUUGCUCUCGUCGGCAUAGAGGCGCACAUUUGCAUCACGCAGACGGCGCUUGACCUGCGCGACGCGGGACACGCCGUGUAUGUGAUUGCUGACGGCGUAAGCAGCUGCAACCGGCAAGAAGUCGUCGUCGCGCUGGACAGGCUGCGGGCCGAGCGCGGCGUCGUCGUCACGUCGAGCGAGAGCUGGAUGUACGAGUGUCUCGGUGACGCCGGACACCCGGCGUUCAAGCCCCUCAUCACCAUUGUCAAAGGCGCGGGUGAGAACACGAAAAAGGUCCUCGAUAGCUUGCCGCCGAUGCCUAAAAUUUAG